AUUCAACAACGAGCCUUGAUCGUGAAUGUAAACGAACGCGUAGGUACGGAACUAGUUACUUGGUUAGUUAAAUUGGUUAAACGUGGUCAAUCAUGGUAGCAAAAAUACCAUCCAUGGACAUGGCCGGUGGAAAGAAAAUGCCAGCUAUUGGCCUAGGAACAUGGAUGUCGACUAACGAGACAGAACUGGAAAACGCCUUGAACGCAGCUCUGGAAGCUGGUUACCGCCACAUCGACACUGCGUACGUUUACGAAAACGAAGCCAUCAUUGGCCGCGUCCUGAAAAAAUGGCUGACUUCCGGGAAGGUAACAAGGGAAGAGCUGUUCAUCACCACGAAGCUGCCGAUGUGCGGGAUCCACAGAGACAGGGUGGAAUUCUUCAUCAAGAAAUCGCUGGAGAGUUUGCAACUGGAAUACCUCGACUUGUACCUGAUCCAUUUUCCCAUUGGCACCAAUUACAUUGAAGGGUUCACCCUGACGCCUCCUGAUCAGCUCAAGCUGGAGGAUUCGGAUCAUAUCGGUAUUUGGAAGAAAAUGGAGGAACAAGUUGAUGCAGGCCGAACGAGGGCGAUUGGAGUGUCCAAUUUCAACCAGAGCCAAAUAGAGAAAUUGCUCAAGGCUGCAAGAAUCAAGCCUGCCUGUUUACAAAUCGAACUGCAUUUGUCUUUGCAACAAAGGGAUUUGGUAGAGUUCUGCCACAAAAAUAACAUGGUCGUGACAGCCUACUCUCCAUUGGGAAAUCCAAGUUAUAAUAAGUUCUUAGAGACUGUUGGAAUGGAAGCAAGAGAAUUGCCCAACUUACUGCAGAAUCCACUCAUCAAGAGCAUUGCUAAGAAACACGGCAAAUCCAGUGGACAAGUGAUGUUAAGAUUCCUCGUACAAAACAACAUUGUUGCCAUUCCGAAGAGCGUCACUCCUUCCAGAAUAAAGGAGAAUAUCGAUAUUUUCGAUUUUAGUCUGGAUGCCGAAGAUAUGGCCAGCUUGAAAGGACUCGAAAUUGGAGAGAAAGCUCGUAUCUGUGACUUCAGAUUCUUUCCAGUGUUAGAAAGUCAUCCUGAUUGGCCAUUCUCUAAACAGUAGUAGGAAUGGAUCCACCUUCAUCUUUGGUUGGGAAUAGAAUCAGAAUAACGUAUCAAGCACUAUCGAAGAAAUUUACACUCAACAGUAAUGAACACCCACUGCAAAUUCUGCACUUAUCGAAGUAUGUUCAACAGUUUGCUAUAUUUCUCUGUUUGUUAAACAGAGCAUUAUAUCUCAUGAAAUGUAGUUCUUUCCUUCAUAUGGUUUACUUAUUGAUUAUUUGAAGAGAACUCACAGAUAUUAAAACGUGUCAACAAGUUC